AUGUCGAUUUCAACUUGGGCGGAGCGCGCCCGCGCCGCCCCCGCCUCCACCCGCAAAUGGAUUCUCGCACACGAGGAGACGUCGUACUCUGGGCGCGGAAGCGCCAAGAACCCCAGUGCGAAGGAAGAUGGGGCACUUCGACGUUCGUUGUGCUGUGUUGGUAAACCAGGAGAGCAAUCCGGACGGCGUUUCUCGGGGAGUGGCUUGGUCGCUCAACUACGGUUGAGAGUUUCCAUCACGAUUGAAGAUGAUGCGCGCCACGGUCCGCUCGGUUGCAAUGGAGGCGUCGAUGGGGUCAACACAGAAAGAGCAUUGGCGUACCACGGCACUGUGGGGCGUUUGGAACAGCACCGCCAAGUCUGA